AUGGCGACAUGCAAAACAAUUAGUCAGACUGAGGCUGGCCUUGAAGCCUGGCAGAGCAGGAAAUCUCUUACGGAAUGUAUCAGACAUUGUCUUGACAAUAAAGUGUUCAAUGACGUCACAUUUCGGGUUGGGAGAGAACAGAAGCACGUCCAGGCUCAUAGACUGAUUCUCGGUAUCCGCAGCGGCGUGUUCGAGGCCAUGUUCUACGGGCCAUUGGCAGAGCAGGAUGAUAUCGUCAUUCCGGAAGUAGAACCCGGCAUAUUUGAACAGUUUCUAAGGUACCUCUAUACAGAUGACGUCACAGUGAAUUGUGCCAGUGUAAUGGGUUUGAUGUACGUAUCAAAGAAGUAUGACGUCAAAACCCUGGAACAGAAGUGCCUGACGUAUUUGUCGUCAUCGAUGACGUCAGACAACGCCUGUGUGAUACUGGAACAGGCCCACGUGUUUGAUGAGCAGGAAUUGAAAGAAAAAGCUAAGACUUUUAUUUUGGAAAAUGGAGAUGCCGCUCUAAAAUCAUCUGGAGUUACCGACCUUUGUCACGAAUGCUUGGUUAAGGUCAUACAAGCGGACGAACUGGAGGCCGAUGAACAAUCUGUCUUUGAAGCUGUUGUGGCGUGGAGUGAGAGCGCCUGCAGAAAACAAAACAAAGAUGUAACUUCAGAAAACAGACGACAUGUGCUUGGGGAAGCCAUAAAGCACGUGCGGUUUCCCUUACUUGACCAGAAGUAUUUCGUGAAAAAUGUACCACCAACUAACUUGCUGACUGGCACAGAAAAAUUCAACAUCUUGGCACACAUGGUAUGUCCUGAUGAAAACGUUUCACCAUUUAAUGCCAACAAGCGCAUGGGUGUUGUUCGUCGAGAUAAAAUUAUAAUACAGCGUCUCACCAUAAAGCAAUGUUUUAUUUGCAUAUGUUCCACUGAUAUUGAUCAUGGAAUUAUGUUUUCUGUACACCAAGACGCAUCACUACUAGGAUUCCAGUUGUAUGGUCCCUAUGACAAAAUCACUGCAAAUUAUGACGUCAGAGCUUUCAUAACUGACCUGAAAACAGAUGACGUAAUCGAAGGUUCAUCAGUGACAAAGUCAGUCUCAGUCGCAGCUGGGACGACAACAUAUGACGUGGAGUUUCCACGACCCCUAAAACUGAGCAAAGACAAGAAGUACAAUCUGAUUGUUAACAUCGAUGGACCUAGAUCACACUGUGGGGGGUCGGGCAGAUCUACAGUACAGAACGGGUCGUUUGUGUGCUCGUUCUUCAACUGCCAGAAAUACAAACACAGUAACAAACCAAACCCAUCGACAGAUGUGACUGAAGGACAGAUACCUGGUUUGAUGUUCUUAGUAUGACAACCUGUAGUUGGAGAUUAUGUUAUAGUAGAGUAGUGUUAGUAUGGAGUCAUCUUCCUAGUAGUAGCUGGUGGGACUUUCUCUAACAGCCCAGCUAGUAGAGCAUUGCAUUCUUAUAAAUCAGUGCUCGAAAUACUGCCGUCCCGACCACUUUUUGCCGGUCAACGUCACUACGGGCUGGGAUAUAUGUUUUCCUUUAUAUUUUAUGAUCAUGUUUGGUCUGGUAGGUUUUGAUGUAGUCCGGCAGAAUUUCUGGUUUCCAGGAAUUUCAGCCAAUUUCGACCCCUGUGUAUAAAUGGUCCGUGGUUCCACCCCAUUCAGUAUUGGUUGUUUUACAUGUAAAUGUUACAAUUUGUGGCCCAGAGGCCCGGGACAUACAUUGACUUGAUGGUGUAGUAGUGUUCGUAUAAUGUGCCACUCUUGCGCAGUAGCCAGUUAAAUGUCUUUUCUUAGCUCUGUUGGAAAAGCUUAGAUACAGACAUACAUAUGCAUGUACGAGUGCACAGACAGACACACACAUGCACAGGCACACCGACAGACACACAAACACGCACACAUACGCGCACACACAAUCGUACGCACAUACACUUGCACAUUGAUAAAUAUAACGUUUAAAGUGCUCCUUCUUGAUAUAUGCACAUAGGAUUGUUUUUCCAUGCCUAAUAACAAUGCGCGGGAAAAAGUCUCACAUCACUAUACAUUUGUGCACGAUUUUUACCUGUUUCGGUAUUCACCGAAAUAAUAAUUGCAUCAAAGACACCGCACGUAUAGGUUCUUGCAUUUGUUAAAACUUUGUCAGUAAAUGUAUCGUUAAAAAAACAGUUCCAUUUAUUUCUGACGUUUUGUGGCGUGUGUUCCCUACACCACAUCGUUACAACCGUUGAAAACACCCGUAAAGAACCCCCAAAACAAACAAACAGAAAAAAAGAAAAACAAAAAAGAAGAAGAAGAUGAAAAACAUGUUGUGGCAUUCCUUGAAACGAUUUUAACACACUUAAAGGCAAUGAUACACACUGGCAUAGCCAGGGUGAUAUAAUGGUGGUGGGGGG